GGCAAUAUUGCACAUCAAUAUUGAAUUGAAUUAAAUAAAAAUGGAUUCGAAACAAAUUUUUGUUUACAAUAAUAAUAAUAAAAUCAACAACCAUUCAUUACAACAUUAUUGGAUGGAUAAUAAUGAUAAUGCUAAAGAUCCGACAAAGACAACAAUGACAAUGUUCAAUGUUGAUAAAUCAUCAGUGCCAAAUUCAUCAUCAUCAACAACAAAGCAUCGACAACAACAACAACAACGACAAUCAUUAUUAUUAAAAUCCAGUGAUAUAAUGGCCAAAUUAUCAAUACAAAAUAAUAAUAAUAAUAAUCGUCGUUUCACAUCGAUGAUUAAAUCACCAUUUUUAUUAUUUACAAAUCAUCAUUAUCAAUCGAAAAAGUCUUCAUUACCAUCAUUCAAUCUGUAUAAUAAUAAAUCAAAUAAUGUGAUGUAUCCACCAUUAACCAUUGUGAUUAUAAUGAUUUUCAUUUCAGCUAUAUUGAUGGUUGAAAAUAUUCAAGGGCAACUAUAUAAUAUUAGCUGUCCAAAUGUUAAUCUAAUACCACGUUUAACAAUGCCAACAAAAUCAUCAUCAUCAUCAUCAUCAUCUUUAAAUAAUUUACAUUUUAAAAAUAGCAAUUCUUCUGUUCAUCACCAUGAUUUAAUUAUGUCAAAUAUGAUGUUAACACCUGAAUGUGAUUGUACGGUCAAAGAUGAAGGUGGUUGGGAAAUUACCUGCUUUUUAAGUGGUAAUGAAAUGAAUUCAUAUGAUGAAGAUUCUUUAUCAUCAACAAGUGCCAUUAAUGAUCAUAGUGAUCAUAAUGAAAAUAAUCGAUGGCUAGAAUCUGAAGAUGGCAUUGAAUUUGAUUAUGGUGGUGAGAUACCGAUUGCAUUUAUUGUUAAAUAUGAUGUUCAACAUCAAACUCUCAAGAUUGAAUGUGAUAAAGGGGCGCCUGCAUUUAAGCCUGCAUUAUUUCAAGGUUUUGGCAUCGAUCGUAUCGAUAAUUUUGUGAUUUCUAAUUGUGAACUUCCACAAACAUUACCAUUAAGUUUUAUAUUGGAUCGUACACAAACAUCAUCAACACAGAAUGGUGGUUUUCAUUUAACAUCUACUGUUGGUUCACAUAGUUUCAGUAUCAAUACAACUGGUCAACAACAUUUUUUCGAUACAUUACCAUCGAUAAAAACAUUAGUAAUAAAAUCACGUAAACGUGUCAGUGUUACACAAUUAAACACAUUAUUGAGCGAUCUACGAACAUUGGAAGAAUUACAGUUGACCGAUUUUGAUCUUAACGAUAUUGAUAGCUAUGCUAUUGAAACAUAUGACAACACACAUUCAUCAUCUGUUUUAAAUGAAUUUCAUAACGUUAAUCAUCCGAAACGAAUGAAACGAAAAAGCAAUGAUGAACAUUUAAUUAACCAUAAUGAUGAUGAUAAUAAUCGGGAUUCAAUAAUUGUCACUACUAUGAGCACAAAUGAAAUGUCAUCAUCUCUGACUAUACCUACUACAACAACACUAACUACCGAAGUACUACCAUUAAAUAUAGAAACAACAGUAAAUAGCAAUCAAAAUGGUGGAGAUAAUUUUUCGGAUUUAACAACGGCAUUACCUUUACCAUUACCGCCAUUAGGACGAUCAUUGUCGAUAGAGGAUCCAUUCGUCGUUGAUCCUGAAGAUAAAAUUAUUAAUGAAACGUUAAUUACUUUGAUGAAUGCUGAAAAUGAUAGUCGAAUCAAUUCAUCAUCAUCAUUAUCGAUGAAAACCACGACCAUCAAACCUAUGAUUCCUAUAGCAACGACCAUAAUGUCAUCCGAUAAUCCGAACAACAUUGAACCAGAUGAUAUGAUCAUAAAUAUGACUUCAUCAUCAACGACUAUUGCGAAUGAAAAUGAAUCGAUCAAUUUUGAAGAAGAUAACAUUAAUGAUGUAAACAUUGAAAAUCGACCAAUUAUUAUGUUGGAUGAUAAUGUUUUCAAUUUUGCUCGCAUACUUCCAAAUCUAAAAGAUCUACGGUUGAAAAAUUUUAUCAAAGAAUCUAGUAUACCGAAUGUUAUGUUUCAAGUUAUAAAAGGACUGGAUAAACUGGAAUUUCUUGAAUUACGAUCAAAUCAUUUGGAAGCAAUACCGGCCAAUGCAUUCAAAUUUGCUGGUACAGCAUUGAAAAAACUUUAUUUAUCACAUAAUUCUAUCAAACAUAUUGAUCCGAAUGCAUUCACCAAUCUAUCACAUUUGGAAAUUUUAGAUAUUUCACAUAAUCAUCUGGUUCACCUCAAUGAUUAUACAUUCAAACCGUUGAAAAAUCUACAAUUUUUGACAAUGUAUCGAAAUCAAUUUCAAAAUCUGAGCGAAUAUCUAUUUCAGUCGAACAAAAAACUUAUUUCGUUAGAUAUUAGUCAGAACAAUCAACUGGAACCAUUGCCCGCCCAGUUAUUUAAUGGAUUGACAAGUUUAUCGAAUUUAUCACUUGCACAUUGUAAUCUAACAGCAAUCAGUAUUGAUCAACGACAAUUUUUUCGUAAUGUACCCAAUUUGCUUUCACUCAAUAUGAAACGAAAUCAAUUGAAAAAUCUUACAUUGAAUGGUUUGUUCGCAUGGAAUACUAAAUUGUCAAAAGUUGAUUUCUCAUCCAAUCAAAUCGAACAAAUUAGUGCUGAUAUUUUUACAAUCAAUUCGACCGAAAUAGUUGAAUUGAAUCUGAAUAAAAAUCAACUGUCAGAAUUGCCGGAAAAUUUGUUUAUUGAAGCGCGUAAAAUACGUAAACUAUCGGUAUCAUCGAAUCGAUUGCAGCAGAUAUCACCAAUGACAUUCAUGGUAUUACGUGAACUUGAACAGCUAGAUUUAAGUCACAAUCUUAUCACUACAAUCAAUACAAUUGCAGCCAAUGCACUUCCAUUUGGUCUUGGUGGUUAUCUUCGUAAAAUCGAUCUGUCAUAUAACCAAUUAUUCGAUUUUGAUUCAGAUAUACGGCAAAUGAAUUGGAAUUUUUAUCUUCAUAUUGCCGAAAUAAAUUUACGAAAUAAUAAUUUUACUGGAACAUUAUGGGUUCCAAAUCAAAUGGCUUCGCUGGAAUCUCAAUUUCGAUUAGAUGUCAGUAAUAAUCAAUUUGAUUCUGUAAAUGUACAGGAAAUUUUAUCUACAAUUCCAGUUACUGAUCGUUCACAAGCUACGGUUACUAAAGAAACGCUAGUUCGAUUAGACAAUAAUCCUCUCAAUUGUGAUUGUCAUCUUUUUCCAUUCCUUAAUUAUACAAAAUCUGUUGGCCGUCUUUAUGGGAAACAUUUUGAUACGAUCAAUAGAAAAAUUAUAUUCAUGAUUGAUGCGAAUCCAAAAGUUACUUGUCAUAGUCCGGAAAAUUUGAUUAAUCGUCCAUUGGAUAAUCUCAAAUUGAGCGAAUUAAUCUGUACGAUCGAUGAUGAACGGAUUUGUCCCAAAGAAUGUGAUUGUAAUUAUAGAAGUUCAGAUCGUUCUGCUAUUAUCGACUGUGAUAAUCGUAAUAUUUAUGUCAUUCCAGAUGAAAUAAACCUAUCUAAUUAUCAUAAUAUAUCAUUGAAAGAUGCUGGUAUCGCUCCAUCAGUUCAAGGUGUAAUAUUUCAACUUCGUGAAAAUCAUAUUGAAUCAGUUGAUAAUAUUGAUACGAUGAUCAAAUGGAACGAAAGUGAUAUUGAUGAUAAACCAAUAUUUGUUGAAAUUUUAUUGGACAAAAAUAAUAUAAGCAAAUUGUCCUGGAAUCGAUUGAAUAACAAAACAAUUGAUUCAAUGGUUUUGGUGAAAAAAUUAUCAUUGCAAAACAAUAAUUUGAAACAGAUACCGUUAUCGUUAUUGGAAAAUUUUGAUGCGCUUGUUCAAACUAAUCAAACACGUAGAUCACCACGAACAAUUAAACCAAGACUAUUCUUGGGUAAUAAUCCGAUUGAUUGUCAUAAUGAUCCAUUACCACCGGGAAGUGAUUGUUAUAUUCGUGAUUUUAAACAAUGGCUUUCAAGUCAUCCAAGUUUAAUUGGCGAUGUUAAUAUGAUCAAAUGUGAUCGUGAAACAAUUGAUACAAAUUCGUCAAGUUUAGUCAUUGUCAAUAUGAGUGAUGAACAUCUUUGCCCUGUACUAAUACCACCAACAAGCAAUACAGCAUUGAUGGCAUUAUCAAUUAUCUGUGUAAUUUUGGCAUCAUCAUUGUUUGUCGUUUCGGUACUCUAUUAUAGAAACAAACAAACCAUAUUGGCAUUUAUUUACAUUCAUCUGAAUCCGAUAUUCAUCUGUCUUAAUUUCACCGAAGACGAUCUUGAUGAAGAAAAAAUUUACGAUGCAUUUGUAUCAUACUCAAGUUCGGAUCGUGAUGUAGUGAUGGAAUUGAUUGAAAAACUUGAAAAACCACAUGAUAUGAAUGAAGUUAGUUUAAUUCUUCAGAAUGGAUUGUCCAUCCAUGAAGGUAAAGUGGAUCAAGUUGUACCGGAAAAUGUGUUCAAAAAAUCUGCAACACUUAAAUCAACAAAUAAAUCAUCGAUGGAUGUGGAAAAUGGAACAGAAAAUAAUAGCUAUAGACUUUGUAUCCAUGAACGUGAUUGGCUACCUGGAAAUCUUAUCAGUUGGAACAUUGUGAAUAGUGUACAGAAUUCGAAACGCACAAUUUUAAUACUGUCCGAAAGUUUUAUUCGAUCUAUUUGGUUUCAAGUAGAAUUUCAUACCGCCUAUUAUCAAAUGUUGGAAGAUAAAAUGGAUCGCCUAAUUGUUAUAGUACGAGGUAAUCUUCCGCCAAAAGAUGAACUGGAUAAAGAUCUUAAUUUUUUGCUAACAACAAAAACCUAUCUGGUAUGGGGUGAAAAAUGGUUCUGGGAAAAACUUUACUAUGCAAUGCCACAUAAAAAAAAUCGUCCAAACAUGAUGAAACAAGAUCGAACGGAAAAGGAUAAACUUACAUCCGUAAUGUCACCAACAAAUACGAUAAAAUAUAAUGGUACAUCAUUGAAUGGUCGAUUGAAUGGUUUGAAUGAUAAUUGGUCAUCAUCAAAAUCAUCAAAUCCUAAAACUGAAGCAAUGAAACAAUAUGUUGAUAAAACGAUUGCAAGUCAUUUUCAGCUAAAUUCAUAUUCGCCCAAUUCAUCCAUCAUUGCUGAUCAUCAUCAUCUUAAUAAUAAACAGGCAGCCCCACAACCGCCACAUGUUGUAAAUGGCAUUUCAUCAUCAUCGUCAUCAUCAUCAACACCCAAUUCGAAUAAUAUUAAUAGUCGUCCGGCACCAAAAAGUCUUCGAAAUUCCGCUGUGGUUGUUAGCCCAACUCGAGAGUUGGCCACUCAGAUUUUCAACGUAUUCAAAAUAUUCACCGAUCAUUCAGAUGAAUUCCAUUUUAAAAUGAUGUUGCUAAUCGGUGGUAGUAAUACUGAUAAAGAUAUACGAAACUAUGCUAACAAUGGUGCCAAUAUAAUUGUUUCUACACCUGGUCGACUGUUUGAUCUACUUGAAAAAUCCACCAUUUUUUCUUCGAAAAUUCGUCAAUGUCUUGAAGUAUUUGUUUUGGACGAAGCUGAUCAAUUAUUGAAUUUAGGUUUUGAAAAAACGUUGAACGAUAUAAUUGACUAUCUGCCAAAAUUACGACGAACAUCUCUAUUCUCAGCAACACAAACAAAAGAAGUGAGUCAAUUAAUUCGAGCUGGCCUUAGAAAUCCUAUGAAAAUCGAAAUCAAAGAAAAGAAUUUGAAAAAAUUGAAACCAAAUCAAUUACAUAUGCCCAAUAGAUUAAUGAAUAAGUAUAUCGUUUUCGAAUCAGCUGAAGAUAAAUUACCAUUUCUUAUUGAUUUUAUUCGACAACAUUCGAAAGAAAAAUUUCUAGUUUUUACAUCGACGUGUGCACAAGUGAAUUAUUUUGAACGAAUUUUAAAUCGUUAUCUAAGUAGUAACAAAAUUUUACUACUUAAAUUACAUCGAAAACUUAAGAAUAAGAGACAAAAAAUCUAUGAUCAAUUUCGUGAAACAAAUCAUUCAUUGUUGCUUUGUACCGAUGUUGUUAGUCGUGGUGUCGAUAUACCUCAAGUCGAUUGGGUCAUACAUUUCGAUUUACCGUUGACCAUUGAAAACUAUGUUCAUCGUUGUGGCCGUUCAGCUCAUCAGAUCAACACUUAUGGUAAUUCAUUAUUGUUUUGUCUUGGCCAUGAAAUGCAAUUUGUUGAUCAUUCUAAAAGUAGAGGUAUCGAUGUACAACAAUUCGAUCAAAAUGAAUUGAAAUUGGAUUUACAAUUAAAAGAAUCGCUGUUCAAUUGGAUUCGAUCCGAAUUGAAACGAAAUAUCAAUUUUUAUCAAAUGUCAAUAGAAGCAUUUGUCAGUUUUAUUCGAACUUAUUCAUCUAAACAUCUGAUGGCUAAAUGGUUAUUUAAAAAUUGUGAUGUGGUUGAUAUUGCCAAUGGUUAUGGAUUGUUAACGAUGCCUAAAAUGCCUGAAUUACGUCAGGCAAAAAAAUGUUCCACUCAAUUUAAAGGUAGUGAUGAAGAUGCUAAGAUUGUUGGAAAAUUUAAACAAAUCUUAUAUGAUAAGAAAGUUAUCAAAAACAAUGAUUCGGAACAAGUGUCAAAAAUUGAAAGUAAUACGGCUAAAAAAUUCGGUUUCAAACGUAAUCCAGAAAUUGCCCAAACAAUACGCAAAGUUCGUCGCAAUAAAACGAUGAAAGGACGUACGAGAAAAAUUAUCUUUGAUGAAUUAGAUCUUGAAGAACUAAAUUCAGAUGCUAGAAUGGUUAAAAAAUUGAAAAAAAGUAAGAUUUCAAACAAAGAGUUUGAUGAUUAUUUUGGUCUAUCCAAAUGAUUAUCAUCAUAAUGAUAAUCAACAAAUGUCUUUCCUGUUUUGCAAAUGG